GCCGGGCCGGGCCGGGCCGGGCCGCGCCGCUCGGUGCGCUCCGCUCGGCUCCGCUCCGCUCCGGCGGAACGGCGGGGCCAUGGCCACCCUGCGCCGGGACGGCCGGGUCACCGCCCUGCAGCGCCUGGGCUGCGCCGGGCUGGCGGGCGCGCUGAGCCUCAGCCUGACGGCGCCGCUGGAGCUGCUGACGGUGCUGGCGCAGGUGGGCACCUGGCACUGCCGGCGGGGGCUGCGCGGCGCCGGGCGCAGCCUGUGCCGCACCGAGGGCGUGCGGGCCCUCUGGAAGGGGAACCUCACGGCCUGCCUGCGCCUGUGCCCCUACAGCGCCCUGCAGCUCGCCGCCUCCCGCCGACUUGUUACCCUUUUCAUGGAUGAGCUGGGCCAUAUCUCGCACUGGAGAGCUGUCAUGGCUGGAAGCCUGGCUGGCAUGGUUGCCACCAUCGUGACGUAUCCCACUGACGUGAUUAAAACACGGCUCAUCGUGCAGAACCGGCUGGAACCAUCUUACCAGGGAAUUUUUCAUGCUUUUUAUAAGAUCUAUCAUCAAGAGGGGCUCCGUGCGCUCUACCGUGGUGUUUCACCAGCAAUAUUAGGUGCUGUCCCAUUUUCUGCAGGUUCAUUCUUUGUUUACAUCAGUCUAGACACAAUCUGGCAACAGCCCAUCAUUCAUUUCACUCCUCUUCAGAACUUUGCAAAUGGCUGUGUAGCAGCUGCUGUGGCACAGACACUUUCUUUCCCCUUUGAGACUGUCAAGAGGAAGAUGCAGGCUCAGAGUCCUUGGCUUCCCCACUAUGGAGGAGUUGAUGUCCAUUUUACUGGCAUGACUGACUGCUUCCGGCAAACUGUGAAGAACAAAGGUGUGCUUGGGCUUUGGAGUGGACUCACACCCAGUCUGCUCAAGAUUGUGCCAUACUUCGGUGUUAUGUUUAGCACCUUUGAAUUCUGCAAGCGGGUUUGUCUCUACAGAAAUGGUUAUAUUGAAUCUCCUUUAAAUUACAAGCUAACACCUGGCGUUGACCAGAGUUUACACCCACAAGAACUGAGAGAAUUGAAGCUCCUCCGAAGGGAAAAUUUUGAGCCAAGGAAAUCAGCACUUGAAAACUGACAUCAGAGUGUCCACUGCAGAUACACAAAUACCUUUCUUGAGGGACUUUGCAAGAAAGACAUGCUGAGCUACAGGUACUGACAUUUCAAUGGACUGCAUGAUUUUUGUAGUGAGACACCUGUGAUAGGAAAGAAUAAAUCUGUAUUGUAUUUGCUGAAUGGAUGUAAAGAAUAUGUCUGGCAAGCACAUACUGAAGAGGAAAGAUGCAACUAGUUUGAAAACUCUAUACUACUGGAACUUGAAAUGGCAUUAUUUUAGGUGCUUUUUAAAACUGAAUAGCCAUUUGAGAUUAAACCAAGUUCAGAAAGGCAAGAGAAUAGAAAUGAGAUUAUAAAUUGUCUCCAAAAACAUUAAGAAAAUGGAUUUUCAUAAAGCAAUCUGAGAUACCAAGUCAGCUAAAAAUAAUAAAACAGAAUAAAAUACAUACAACAUGCAAGAAUUUCUACUGAAAUCUCCAGGCUUUUUAGUAAUACUGUCUAAUGGUGUUUCUUUCUCUGUGUCUGUUUUCCCAUGGGCACAGGGCAGGUAAUAAUACUGAGACUUACUGGACAUGUAUGGAUAUGGAGAUGUGAAUUGUAAGCAUGUUGGGGAGGAAAGAAUUUCUUGCCUUGUCCAAGCAUACUUGUAUGUUUUUUACUAACACUGUAUUUCUAAAUAGAUUUGAAAGAUUGGGUACAUA